AUGUUCAUCAAUAUUCAAUUCCCUUCUGACACUCAGAAAGGCCAUCUACGACGGGCUAUUCGUUCACAGGCCGCAUUGAGCAGCGCCGACUGUCGGAAAAGCACCAUCGCCGCCAAAGCCUCGACGAAUCCGAAUGCUCCUGAAGAAGUCAACAAGGUCUCGAGAGCACGUAGGAGAAGCAAAGCAAAAGCAAUCAAAGAUGAGCCCGAAGCAUCCAGCAGCUCCUUGAGCACCAUCUCUUCGAACAACAGUUCUUUGAGUUCCAUCUCGAACCACAGCUCUGCGAGUUCUGCAUCUUCUAGCCCACCAGAGUCGAUUGUUUUCCCUCUUGACCUACAGCUUGGCCAAUGGAACACUCAAUACGACCCAUUCCUGACAUUACCCUCCGCGGACGCCUGGCAUCCAUCGAUUCCCCAUUUGGUGUAUUUCGCUCCAGAUGUCCAAGACCCAAUCUAUCAAUCCAACCGGCCUGUCCUCCGCAAGGAAUUGUGGCCUGAAACACUGUCACACAAUGCCUUGUUUUUCACGAGUCUGCUUAUUGCAUCGUGCCAUCCCUCCUUCGCACAAGAACGGUCACCGGAUAUCGUUGUAUGGUUUCGUCAUCAAGCCAUGCGCAACAUACAAACCGCUUUGGAUUCGGCUGCUGGCUUUAACACAAGCGACCAGCUGAUCGCAGCAGUGUGCCUGAUUUGCGGCUGGGAGUUCCAAUUUGGUGACGAGAACUCAGCAAAGGCCCACAUGGCGGGUCUGAGAACUAUGAUCAAUCUCCGUGGAGGUUUCCACGACGUCAACCUCCAACCCAUUGUCCGUCAGCUCCUCACCUUCGUCACGUAUGACCAGCUCUGGUAUGCCGGAAUGGAUCCCGUCUUCAUACCCCAGGAGUUGAAGUCGAGAUAUGAGACAGCUGUAGGAAGCCUUGAUCUGCCCGAAGGUUUCGCAAAAUUCGUGACCCCAAAACAGAUUUGCUUGAUCGCUCCCUCUACCUUGGGGCUCAUCGCGGAGAUCAACCUUAUCAUGAAGAGACCUCGCCAUCGCACGUACGCUCUACUUGACGUUCAAUCGCGGCUUGCCGAGUACUACUUCCUGGACAAUGUGACGAGCAAUUUCUCUCCCAUCAACAGUGCUGUCGACGACACAAUUGUUGUUCAGGCCGAGACGCACAUCAAACUUGCUCUCCUAUGUCUGAUCUCUCACCUCCAGGGCGUCGAAUGUGAUAACUACUGGACACUGAGCGAAUUUCUCGUGCCGACAGUACUCAUCAACACAGUCUAUGCCGAAAUUGGAGUCUGGAGCCUUUUCCUGAUAUGCAGCACAACACCGAUGCCUUCUCCUAUACUGCUUGAUGGGCUUGAAAAGUUGGUCUCAAGUCUCUCCAUUACAAAUUGGUCGUUGGCAGAGCAAACCUUACGUCAAUACCUCUAUCCAUCAGACAGUAUCGACAUUGCGUCAAAGAUCCUGUGGAAUCAGAUGAUGCCGAACCAAGCAAUCUUGUUCGAGCAUAACAACCUCUCGCGGUUCCAUGUUGCGACAUUCAGACGUGGUAAAGAGCCCCUCGUCUGA